AUGACGGAUUCGCCCGACAACGGCACCGGCACUGGCGCCGGCCAGAAGCGUCCCCGGAGCCCCAACACUGACCAAGACGACACCGCGCCUCCCCGAGAGCCCGUCCCCGACAACUCGAGCGUCCCCAAGCCAAAGCGAUUGGCAUGCAUGAUAUGCCGGAAGCGCAAGCUCAAGUGCGACGGCGUCCGUCCCAGCUGCAGCACCUGUUCCCGCCUGGGACACGCCUGCGCCUACGAUGAGCAGAGGAGAAAGAGCGGUCCCAAGCGCGGCUAUGUCAAGGCCCUCGAGGAGCGACUGAAGCAAGUCGAGACGCUGCUAAAGACCCAAGAGCCGCCCACAAAUGUGCCAAAGACACUGAACGUCCCCAUGCCCGCGCCGCCUCAGACGACGUCGCCCGCUAACCUCAACAUUACGAAUGCGACCAUGGGCUUGACGGGUGAUCGCGAUAUGGAUCGAUGGAACUUCAAUGGAGAGUCGCCACAAACAGGCGCCAUCGAGGAUUUCAACUUUAAUGCCAGCAUGAACAUGGGCGGCAUGAAUAAUGUCGGCGGUACCUUUACCUGGGAGAUGAUCGGUCUGGGCCUCGAGGAGCCUCUGCCACCCCAGGAGACGAUUGACGAGCUUCACCAGAUCUACUUUGAAAAGGUUCAUCCGUCCAUCCCCAUGAUCCACAAGUACCGAUACCUCGCCGCCAUGAACCUCGCGCCGAACCAGCGCCCACCCGUUUGUCUGCGGUAUGCCAUGUGGACCCUGGCAUGCACCAUCACAGACAAGUAUGCAGAUCUGAAAGAUCUGUUUUACCGGAGAGCACGCAAGUAUGUCGAGGCGGAUUACGUCAAGGGCUACGGAGAACACAUGAUCUCCAUCGCUCAUUGCCAGACGCAUAUCCUUCUGUCAUCUUAUGAGAUGAAGAUGAUGUACUUUCCCCGAGCCUGGGUGAAUACGGGCUCUGCUAUUCGUCUCGCUCAGAUGACUGGUCUUCAUAGACUAGACGGCACUGGCCUCGACGUUAAGCAAUGUCUUGCACCCCCGAAAGAUUGGACCGAGAGAGAAGAGCGCCGUCGAACAUUCUGGAUGGCAUUCUGCCAAGAUCGAUAUGCCAGUAUCGGCACCGGCUGGCCCAUGACAAUCGAUGAGCGCGACAUCAUGACCAACCUCCCCUCUUCAGAAGAGGCUUUCAAUAUGAGCAGGCCCGAGCAGACACAGUCGUUGAGCGAAUGCACCAGUCCGAUGGGAGCGGGUAAACUGUCUCCUUAUGGAGGCAUCGUGCUCAUGGCCUGCUUGUUCGGACGAAACUUGGUACAUCUGCAUCGUCCUGAUGUUGACGACCUCGAUCACGACCUAAACGGCCCAUUCUGGAAGCGUCAUCGCCAGAUGGACAACAUCCUUCUCAACACAUCCCUCUGUCUACCCCCUCAACUCAAACUCCCUUCGGGCUUGUCGAACCCCAAUAUUGUCUUUACAAACAUGAGCAUCCACACUUCGACCAUCUGCCUGCACCAAGCCGCCAUCUUCAAGGCGGAGAAGAACAAGCUUCCUGCGUCGGUUAGCGCAGAGAGCAAGGUUCGAUGUAUUACAGCGGCAAACGAAAUUGCCAGCAUCAUGCGAAUGAUUUCUCACAUGGACCUCUCAACAGUGAACCCCUUUAUCUCCUUCUGCCUCUACGUGUCGGCACGAGUGUUUGUGCAGUACCUCAAGAGCCGACCUGACGAUAGCCAAACGGCCGACUCGCUCCGAUUCCUCCUUUCAGCCAUGAAUGCGCUGAAACGACGGAACCCCCUGACCGAAUCGUUCCUCGUCCAGCUCGAUGUCGAUUUGGAGGCCCUUGCUUUGAGGAUCCCCAAGCUCAAGACUGCAUUCCCACGCAACAGCGAUAGCCCCUCUGCGAAGAAUCCGGGAUCCCCCAGUGUGCCGAGGUGCGACAACCCCGAAGGUGUUCAGGGCAUUCUCGCGUACCGCAAUGAAUGCCACUUCAUGAAGAUGGCCGGCGACGAUGGAAAUCCAGCAGCAGCCCCCGACAUCGUGGAACCCAACGUUGGUGGAGAUGGACAGAACAUGGGGGCAGCUGGCGAUGGGAGCUUCAGUGGCCAGACAUGGAUUUCAUCUGAUCAACAGUUGCCCAUUCUCACGCCAAGCUCCGGAGCAACCUUUGACAAGAACGGGACUGGAAGCGGACCGAUGUCAGGCUUUGGGGAUCUUGGGGGAGACGGCCAGGACGCAUCAGGAUCGCCAGACGGAGUACAAUCGAACCGACCGACACCGAACUCGAGCACAGGAUCUGACCAACGAGGCCACUUGGCUCCCGGACAGAUGAACGGAUCGAACCCCAACUCUUUCAACACGAGCCCGAUAUCACCGAACCAGACAAUGAUGAACACUGGCGUACUUGACGGAAACACACAAGGAUUCUUUGCAGACCCGUCUGGCUUCACGAUACCGGCUGGUCUAGAUCAGAAUGGAGCGUUUACGAUGCCAGACGGAUGGGAUAUUCAAGGACAGACCGGGGUACCGCAAGUGGGCGAGGGCGUUUUGAGGGCUUUGAUGAACAUGGGACCAAUGGAUGCCAUGGAUUUGGGGUCAUGGGAAACAAGAAACAACUGA